AUGGCCAAGGAAAAGAAUCAAUCAGCUGCCCUGUCUGGCCACCGGAAUCACGAACUUAAUUACCGCCUUCAAAAUCACAAAUCUCUCUCCAAUUCACCAUUACGCACACGGCGGGAAAUCAGCAAUUCAUACCAAAUCCUUACAUGCCACAUUGGCACGCCGCCCACCCGGAUGCUCGCCCUCGUCGACAGCGGCAGCAACCUCGUGUGGUUCAAAUGCAGAAACGGAACCUCUACCUCCGGUCCUCGGCCAGCCGCCGGGGGAGCAGCGCCGGUGUUCGACCUGUCCUCCUCGUCGACCUACGGCCUCGUGGCCUGCCGGCUACCCUCGUGCCAGGCGAUCUACGGCACGUCCUGCGACGCCAACCAAUUCUGUCAGUACCAGUCCUCCUACGGCGACGGCUCCACCACGUCCGGCAUCCUCUCCACCGAGACCUUCUACUUCGACGACGCUCCCGGCGGCUGUCUUGGAUGCCGCGAGCGUCCGCAGCUGCAUCUGUCCAGGGUCAACUUCGGCUGCGCCACGAAAGCGACCGGCAACACGUUCCAGCUGGCCGGCUACGUCGGCCUUGGCGCCGGGAACGGCUCCCUCGUGAACCAGAUCGGAGCCCUGACGUCGCUCGGCCGGAGAUUCGCCUACUGCCUCGCGCCCUUCUACGUCAACGUCUCGUCCAUCCUCGACUUUGGCGCCCGCGCCACCGUGACGGAGCCGGGCGCGGUGACCACGCCGCUGAUCCCCUCCGCCGUGGACGCUUUCUACACCAUCCUGCUCACGUCCGUCAAGAUCGGGAGCUCGACCAUCGCGCUGCUGGACCCGAUCGUGGAGGAGCUCAGCAAGAGCAUCAAGCUCCCGCGCAAGCAGUCGCCGCAGAAGCAGCUGGAUCUGUGCUAUGACGUGGGCGUGGGCGGUGCGACGCAGGAUUGGGAGAAGAAUUUCCCGGAAGUGACGCUGGAGUUUGGCGGCGGCGCAACGAUUACGCUGCAGGCGCGGAACGCGUUCGCGGAGCUGCCGGUGGGGACCGUGUGCUUGGCGAUGGCGCCGGUGACGGACGAUCGGUCGGUGGCGAUCAUCGGGAACAUCGCGCAGCAGAACUUCCGGGUGGGGUUCGACCUGGACAAGGGCACCGUCACCUUCGCCGCUGCCGACUGCGCGAGCUCCUACCCCUCUCCUCCCGCCUCUGUCUCUCUGUAG